CUGCGUUCAUUUAACGCGGUGAAGGCUUGGAUUGCUGACGUGGCGCGGCGUGAGGCGUCGGAUCGUGGAGAAAAACCACAAUCCGCGCCUCACUGCAUCUAACGGCAGCAGUGAAGGCGCUAGUGGGGCGGAUCGCUGACGUGGAAAUCAAAGAAAGGAUUCGAAGCCGAAUACAUAGCUGGAAGGGCAAGCUGAUCUCCACGGUCGGGAGAGAUGUUUUGAUAAAAGCAGUAGCUUUGGCACAAGGUAACUUUGCGAUGUCUGUAUUCAAAUUACCGGGCUGCCUUGUGAGUGAGAUCAACAGCAUUAUAUCUAACUACUGGUGGGGUGAAAAUGAGAAUAGAAACAGGAUACAUUGGCGCAAAUGGAGUUACCUGUGCAGAAGUAAAGCAGAAGGGGGGGUCGGAUUGAAGGAGUUGGCAACCUUUAAUAAGGCCCUCCUAGCCAAACAACUAUGGUUAUUGAUGCAGAAGCCUGAAUCACUAGUCGGUCAGAUCCUGAAGGCAAAAUACUUUCCUAACUGCUCAGUGUUAGAUGCGCAGGUGGGUUUCCGACCGAGCUAUACCUGGAGAAGUUUAUUCUCGGCCCGCGAUCUAAUUUUGAAGGGAUGCAGAAGGCGGGUAGGAAAUGGCUCAAGCAUUAAAAUCUGGGAGGAUUGGUGGGUGCCAGGCCUACAAGGAAAGAAGCUGAUGGUUGGGUCUAAUGGGAAGAUGGGUUUCGAGUAUGUAUCAGACCUCAUUGAUCAUGAACAUAACAGAUGGAGGGCUGAUGUUUUGCAACUGUUGUUCUCCCCAGAAGAGGUGCGAGGAAUUCAGGCUGUCCACCUACAGAAUCGGCCGGCAAAUGAUUCUCUAUGUUGGGAUUUGACUCCCAAUGGAGUCUACAGUGUGAAAUCGGGUUAUGAUCUAGCUAUUCAAGAGCCAGUUGAGGAGUUUGAGGAAGGGGAGGAGGAAAUUCCAGUCCCGCAUACUCUGCCCAACACAAAUUGGGAGACUAUUUGGAAGGUUAAUUCACCACCUAAAGUUCGGUUCUUCAUCUGGAAGAUUAUGCAGAACAUCCUACCCACCAACAUGAACUUAGCAAAGAAAAUGGAAGAAAAGAUAGAACCAGAAUAUCCCUAUUGUGGUUUGGCAGAGACACAUGAACAUAGGUUUAUGGAGUGCGGUUGGUCGAGACGAGUGUGGAGAAGAUCGGCCUGGCCGGACCAGUGUGGUUUUGUGGAAGGGGAAGGCUUGCCAGCUUGGCUGAACAGGUUUCUCAAUUCAACAAGCUCAUAUACAGCGGGGGAGGUUAGUUCGCUAAUGUGGUUUCUUUGGAACGAAAGAAAUAACCAGCAGUUUAAUGGGAAGAAGUUGGAUGAGGAAGAGGUAGCUAUGAGAGCCCAAAACUGGAUUCUAGAGUAUAGACAUGAACAACAGGCAGCAGGGAGAAGAAGGGAGCAAGACACAAGGAGAAAAUUUUGGCAGCCACCGGGGAUUGGUAUCUUGAAGGUGAAUACUGAUGCUGGGUGUUUGGGAGAGGGAGGAACAGGAUUGGGCAUGGUUGUGAGAGACUGGACCGGAGCCUUCAAGUAUGCAGCAGUGAAAAGGGAGGCAGAGAGAUGGUGCCCAGCAGUCGCAGAGGGCCGAGCUGUGUUAUUUGCGCUGGAAAAGAUGAAUGAACAACAGAUGGGCCCCUUUGAAGUCGAGUCGGACUGCUUAACAUUGGUGAACACCUUGCGGCAGCAGAGAGUCGACUUGACAGAACUUGGAGCGGUGUGCGAGGCCAUUCUGCAGGCGGAGGGCGUUGAGGAUUGUUACGCUUGGAAGCAUACUCAUAGAGAAGCUAACACUGUGGCUCACACUUUAGCACAUGUUCAGGUUGAUUUAAAUCAUUGUAAUAGUUGGAUAGGUAUUUCCCCAUCGUUCCUUUUGAACGAUCUGUACCUGGAUUCUAGCCAUUUGGCUUAAUUAAUAAAAUUACAGGAGGUGC